UGCCGCAGUUAUACGAUGAAAAAUCAAAAUUUAGUGCUUACAUACACGAUAUAAUUCCAUACAAAAACAAAAUAAGAUAUGCCCCUCGGGUGUUAGCAAGGCUCUACCAGUCAGCUUGUAAGAUAUGCCCCUCGGGUGUUAGCAAGGCUCUGCCAGUCAGGUUGUAAGAUUCCUAGUCCCAAAUAGCUUUCUUCCCAUCUACCACACACAAGAAAUCUAGCAUAGAGUUACCUCACAGCAUGACCUUACCCGCAGGCAUACCCCAACCACCAGGAAGUCCAAGAAUUAAGGGCAGCUACCGAGCAAGCAAGCAUGUGCCAAGUCAUUCCAAACUUGCCCCCCUCAACUUCUCUGAGUAGAUGUUCAAGCUAAUAUAUAACCAGGCGCCAGCAGCUCCACUUGAUCACCCCUCCCUCUUCUUUCCAUUCAAUCACAUCAUCGGUUGCCGCGCACACAGGGGCUCCUUGACUGCCUAACGUCAUAGUCACCAUCCUGGCCUGUAUAUAAAGCUCAUAUACAUCUCCAUCAGAAAGCCGGUCUGUUCAUAUGGAUCCCAAGGUCGCUGUUGCUCUCACCCUGUCUCUCGUAGGCGGCUUAAGCACCUCCCUCGGUGCACUACUGGCAAUACUAAAUCAUGCCCCAAACAACAGAACACUCGGGAUAUUACAGGGAUUUGCUACUGGGCUCAUGUUGAGCAUGUCCUUCUUUGACCUGGCUUAUGAUGCUGUUGAUGCAAUUGGUUUUCUGAAAGGCAACCUUUGGUUUUUUGCUGGGGCACUUCUAUUUUCAGCAAUUGCCGAUAUUUUCCCUGAGCCAGAAUGCAGUCCACCGGAUGAAAAUGACAAACAAACUGUUAACAGUACAGCACGGAAGGAACUUAUGAUGAGACACCGAAGAAGAGUCAUCUUUAGUGUAAUUGUCACCGCAGUUGUUGCUGGUGUGAGUUUGCAAAACUUCCCGGUGGGUACUGCAGCAUUUCUCGGAACCGCAAAGGGAUUCCGUGUUGGCCUUAACUUGGUUAUUGCUAUAGCUCUACACUACAUCCCGGAGGGUAUUGCUGUAGCUCUCCCUGCAUAUUUUGCCACUUGCAGCAAAUGGCAAGCGUUCAAACUAGCAACCCUUGCUGGUUUUGCGGAACCAAUAGGUGUAAUUAUCGUCGCAUACCUAUUUCCGAGCAACUUAAAUCCAGAAAUAUUGGAAGGUCUACUUGGAUUAGUGGGAGGAGUAAUGGCAUUUCUGACACUGUAUGAGAUGCUACCAUUAGCAAUUGAAUACGCUGGACGCAAGGAUGCUGUGAAAGCUGUAUUCGUUGGCAUGGCUUUUAUGUCCAUGAGCUUGUACUUCCUGGAAGUUAGUCUUCCAAAGGAGAUGAGCGCUUAAAGUUUCAGUCUAACCCAAUAAGUGAUAUGGGCAAAUGCAUCAUGGACUUACAACAAGGUGCUGAUUGGAAGGAUGUGUAUACAAUUACAUUCCAUGAUAUGUUCUUCUCCAAUCUAUUACAAUGACUUUCAAAUCUAGGCCCUCAUCAAUGACCUCCAGUUGCAGGGCUACCGUAGCUGCAAGAAAAUUAGAACUCUCAAACUCUGACAAUGUACAUAACAAAUAAAACUGUACUUACUGGAAGGGAGAAAUAAAAGGACUCGUAUGAUGUAAAUAAUAAAAAGGAAAACUAUGAGAUGAACAAUUGAUCUCCAUUUGUUACCAAA